UAUAAACUGCUUGCACAGAAUGCAUCAUCUGACAGGACAUACGUGAUGUGUUCAUUUGGUCACUGACAGGAGGGCAGACACGGAUAUGUCAUUAUCGUUGUUGCAUGUGGAAUUCAAGAACAGAUGGACAGCUCUGUGAAAAUCCUGGGAUCUGAAGAGCAAUUAAACUGCAGUUAAAGUUCUCACCUACAAAAUACGAACUUCAUUUUUUUCCAUUCUGGGAAGUGGGCAGUCUCAAAGAGCGUGAUAGUAACAAGAGCUCCACGCCUUAAAAGUAUUUUAAGUAUUUCUCUGAAAUAAUUACAUGGCCAAAGGACUGCUAGAAUCAUUCUUCCACUUUUAUCUUGCAUUCUUUUAAAAUCUCUAAUGGAGGCAUAUCCUGACCUAAAUUCAAAGAUUUUUUGCACAGAAAACAUCUUUUGGUUUGAACUUUUAGUGUCUAGCUGCCUUUUGACACUGUAAAAGAAGAAAAGGCACAUUCUGAAAACCUACUUAUGCCACAAAGGCAUUUUUCUUAACUGUGUUUUCCAGAUUUAAAUAUCUUUUUCACUGCAUCGGUGUAAAGAAAAAAAGGACAUUGGACAAAAAUUCCCUCUCCAAAGGAAGACGCCUGCAGUUUGCAUAGCUCUCAUCAUCCAUUCAAGAUUUGGCAUAAAUGAGAAAUUCAACAUGCGUUCUUCACCCAUCGAUAGCUACUACUGUAGCUCUACCAGUCAUCUACUGUUUCCUAUUUAUUACUGGCAGUUUUGGAAAUACUCUCGCUGCUUGGGUGUUUUCAAGACAAGCAUCCACAAAAAGAACACAGCACAUUUAUCUGGUAAAUCUCAUCACUGCUAAUUUACUCGUAUGUAGCACCAUGCCUUUUGUGGCUGGCUAUUUUGCAAAAGGGCACCAGUGGACAUAUGGCUCUGAUGUAUGCAGAGUAGCGUAUCACCUCGGAACUAUUGUCAUGCACGUCUGCAUGUAUGUUACAAUCACCAUUUUGUGUACAAUCGCUUUAAGUCAGUAUGCAACGCUGAAGAAGAACAAUGAUGCACGACACUCCCAAGCAGUCACAAAAAACUUGUACAAACGUGGACUUCAGAAGUUUCGUCAGCCAAAGUUCGCUAAAUAUUUUUGUAUCUUUAUAUGGCUCAUUGUGUUGUGCGUAACGGUAACAGCUAUCACGUACGAUGCUCGGGCAAGGGGGGGGCAAACAUUUCACACGUGUUACAACAUGAAGGUAGAAAUAGGUGAAUUUACUGCAAAGACUGCAGCUUCUUUUGCUACUGCUUGUUUUUUUCUAUUUUUUCUAACUGUUUUGUUAUCAUACUAUUCCCUCACCAGACACCUGAGUAAAAUACAAAAAAACACCCACAUUGGACAAAACCAUAUGGUUUACAGAACAGUGAAAAGAAACAUUCUUGUCAUCCAGAUAAUUUUAACUGCCUGCUUUCUUCCGUACCAUAUUUUCAGGCCCAUAUUUUAUGUAUUGCUUCCAGAAGAAGACUGUUCAAAGAUAAACUACCUAGUAGAAAUUAAAAACUUCCUUACUUGUCUGUGUGUUUCUAGGAGUAGCAUAGAUCCAGUUACAACCCUUCUGCUAGAUAAAACAUUUAAGAAAAGUCUAUACAGUCUGUUUAAAAAAUCCACACCUGAAAAACACCAACGCAGAACUGAUAUUUUCAUUGAAGACACCCCACCAAUACGAAGUAUGAUGGAAAGAUGUUAAGAGAAUAUUACUAACAGCCAGCUCAUUUUGACUUGCUACAAUGAGACUUUUAUAUCAAAUGGGAAAUAUUUAAAUAAAAUGGUAACAUUACUUGUAUUUUUUUUUUUUAAACAGUCUUGCUUUAAAAAUCAACAGCAGUCAUAAUAAAUGAAUUCAUGUAAUUCACACAGAGAACUGUGCAUUGCCACUUCACCCAUGUAAAGAAAAAUACAUUUAUGUUUGCU